AUGAAUUUAAUAGAUUUAUUGUAUAAACAUCGUCGUAGCGAGCCUACAAUCCUCUUAGGAUUAAAACUCUUUACAAUGAUUAUUCUUAUGGCUUGCUUGACAGGUUAUCUCGUCGUUGUAAUAAUUGAUGUAAAACAAGAUUCUCCAAUUAUCGCAACUUCUUUUAAUAAUGUUGAUGCCGUUCCUCUUCCGGCUACAAUUUCAGCAUCACAAGCUGUCAUCAAUUUUAUUGUAAUCGUCGAUGGGAAUAUACGUGCAGUUGAAUGUUCGCUGGAAGACACAAAAGUUUAUUACGAUGAGACAACCAAAGCUUAUUUUGGAGUUUAUACCCCAUCACCAAAUGUUUUAUUUAAUGAUUUAAUGAAAAGUUUGCUUUUAAUAUUGACUAUUAACGAGGAUUUUACACCCGGUAUAACACAGGAAAUGACCUUACAUGCUUUUGAUUCAGAAUAUGAUAUAUAUUAUAAAAAUUUGAGUGAAUUAUCUGUGUAUGACAAUUCAAUUCUUACAUUGAAUAGGUAUUCAGUAGAGCCAUCUCAGAUUUACGAUUUUACAUAUUCUCGUGUAAUUAGAGAAUUAAUAAAACCAAAUUGGAUGAAUGAUUUUGGUGUUCCUCCAACCUAUGAACAGAAAUCAAAUAUUGAAUCAACUUUACUUGGAGGGCCAUCACCAUAUAAUUCGACAGAUAGUUCUUUAAUUUCAUUUAUAAUACAACCUAAGAGCAAAAAUGUCAUUCGAAUAGAUAAAGAAGUUAGAUCAAAGACAUACUUAAGUGGACUGGGUUUGAUAGGUGGUGCAUGGGGAUUAAUGGCAGCAGUAUACGCAUUUCUUUUUGGUGCGAAUACGUUACGACCAUGGGGAGCCGUGCAAUCAUAUUGCUGCGGAUUUUCUCGAUCAACACAGAAAAAACUUAAAGAUGCUCUCCCAAUAAUUCCAUUUUUUGAUACAACACAUAAUGAUAAUUUUAAAAAUUAUUCUCCAGAUCGCGAACUUUCUUUAGCUGAACGGAAUGAAUUAAGAAUUAGUGGGUUAGAAUUAUUUUUACAAGAAUAUGUUGUUGAUGUACAUUAUUUAGAUGGUAUUCGUAAAACGACUCUGAAUUCUACAACUAACACUAUUAAUGACCAAGAGGCACAAAAUAUGAAAGAAGAGUUUGACAAUAUAAAUACGAAUACAACGCACUCUACGGAAUCUACUGUUACGCAGCAACAAGAAGGUUUUGUUCCACCAAAUUUCACUCAAAAUUCAACAUCUAAUAAUUUCACUUCGGUUAAGUACGACUAGAUUGUUACUAACAUAAUGAAAUAGAAUUAAUAAUUGUUAUCUAGUAAUUAAAAAUAAACAGUUUAAUACAAUUGUUCCUUAACCUUAACUUAAUAAUUCAUAUGUAUAAUCUCUUAAAAUAAAAUAU